UGCGACCCAUCAAAAAACCAGUCCUGCGACUUUAGCCAAAUAAAAGCAAAAUCUUUGGAAGAGCAUAUAUUGCGAUUGCAAAAUCUCUGUCGCAUUUGUGGAGUUGCCUUUAACACCUACUGUCAUGAUAUGAAAUACCCAGUGAAUGGUCCUGUUGAUGAUGUCACCCAAGAGGUGCUCAGGAAAAUGGGAUAUGGUGAGUGUUUUUGGCCAGAACUCAUCCGUAACACAUUUAGGAUUGAUGUCAAGACAGAUACAGAAGCCAGAUAUCCCACUCACUUCUGCUAUAACUGUUGGCGUAUUGUGAUUCAGACAAUUAACAAUACAACGAAUGAAGAUGCAUUCUUUCCGAUCAGUGCAAUCGUUGAGUGGAAACCACAUUCCAAUCUUUGCAGCAUUUGCAACUUUUUGAGUGGGGCCCGCAAACGAAAAGGUCUGAAACGAAGUCCACCAGUCACAAAGAAGCCUAAAGUCACAACUGAUGCUCCAGUCAGACCAAGAGUCAUUAAAAGAAAAGAUCAGUUGACUAGCACAAGUUUGUUAUUGGCCAGAAAGAUUGUCAACUGCAAGAAGUUUCAUCUAACUUCAAAACUCCUUGUGCUUGAUUAUCCCAAUAAUUUUAUCCAGUCCGUGUCAUGUCAGGUUUGUGAGCACUUACUUGCUGACCCUGUGCAAUCACCUUGCAAGCACCUGUUCUGCAGAACGUGUAUCCUCAAAUGCAUUGCUGUCCUAGGCAAGUAUUGCCCAGUUUGUAGAUUUCCUUGUGGUCCCAAAGAGCUCUUAAGCCCUGUUAAAUCAUUCAUAAAUGUUCUCAAUUCACUUGUACUCAAAUGUCCAGCAACUGAUUGUGAAAUGGAGGUGAGACUCGGUGAAUAUUCGAAUCAUGCUCAAAACCAUAAAGAAACGAGAAUGAAGAACGCUUACUCACCAGUGAACAAGGGAGGUCGUCCAAGACUACAUUUGCUUUCUCUCACCCGAAGAGCUCAAAAGCAUCGUCUGAGAGAUCUGAAACUUCAGGUGAAGGCUUUCGCAGACAAAGAGGAAGAUGGUGACGUAAAAUCCGUUUGCCUGACUCUGUUACUUCUGGCACUCAGAGCUGGCAAUGAGCACAGGCAAGCAGAUGAGCUGGAAGCGGUAAUGCAGGGCAAAGGAUCCGAACUGAAGCCAGCAGUCUGCCUUGCCAUUAGAGUGAACACAUUUCUGAGUUGCAGUCAGUAUCAUAAAAUGUACAGGACAGUCAAAGCAACAACUGGGAAGCAGAUCUUCCAGCCAUUGCAUGCUCUUCGAAAUGCAGAAAAAAUACUGUUGCCAGGUUAUUAUUCAUUUGAGUGGCAGCCCCCUCUGGCAAACGUCUCGACAAACACUGAAGUGGGAAUUAUAGAUGGUCUGAGUGGAUGGACACAAUGUAUUGAUGAUUAUCCAAUGGAAACCAUUUCAAGACGGUUUAGGUAUGAUGUGGCACUUGCUACAACAGUGAAGGAGCUUGAGGACGAUAUUCUAGAAGGUUUAAAACGCCAUAGCGUAGACGAGUUUGUGAGUGGACCGUUUACUGUUGUAAUCAAGGAGUCUUGUGAUGGAAUGGGCGACGUCAGCGAGAAACACGGAUGCGGUCCUCCUGUUCCAGAAAAGGCAGUGAGGUUUUCCUUUACAAUCAUGAGCAUAAGUGUGAUGAAUAACAACGAUGAGAAAGUGGUAAUUUUAGAGGAGUUGAAGCCUAAUUCUGAGCUGUGCUGCCGACCACUUUCCCUGAUGUUGGCGGACGAAUCUGACCACGAAACGUUGACAGCGAUCCUGGGCCCAGUAAUCGCCGAGCGAGAAGCUAUGAAGACUAGUGAUUUGAUCCUUGAGAUUGGGGACUUGCACAGAUCCUUCCGGUUUAUCUUUAGGGGCACAGGGUAUGAUGAGAAGCUUGUUCGGGAAAUGGAAGGCCUCGAAGCCUCGGGCUCGAUGUUCGUCUGUACGCUGUGUGAUUCCACACGAUAUGAGGCUUCCCAGAACCUGGUUUUUCAUUCCAUAACAAGGAGCCACGAAGAGAACUUGGUGCGCUACGAGAUUUGGCGCUCCAACCCGUACUGCGAAACCGCGGAGGAGUUGCGUGACCGGGUGAAGGGGGUUUCAGCAAAGCCAUUCAUCGAAACUCAGCCGUCCAUCGAUGCCUUGCACUGCGACAUUGGAAACGCCACCGAGUUCUACAAGCUCUUCCAGGACGAGAUUGGGGAGCUGUACAAAAAUCCGAACACCUCCAAGGAGGAGAGGAAGCGGUGGCAAGCGAUGCUUGACAAGCACUUAAGGAAGAAGAUGAACCUGAAGCCUGUCAUGAGGCUGAAUGGAAAUUUUGCACGGAAGCUAAUGACUAAAGAGACGGUCGAGGCUGUGUGUGAACUGAUUCCGUCUGAAGAAAGGCGGCAAAUCCUCAGGGAGCUCAUGCACCUUUAUCUUCAGAUGAAACCAGUGUGGCGUUCCACGUUUCCAGCCAGGGAGUGUCCUGACCUUCUUUGUCAGUACAGCUACAAUUCCCAGAGAUUUGCAGAACUGCUUCAUACAGAGUUCAAGCACAGAUACAAAGGGAAGAUCACCAACUACCUGCACAAAACACUGGCUCACGUCCCCGAGAUCAUUGAAAGAGAUGGCUCUAUAGGUGCGUGGGCGAGUGAAGGCAAUGAAUCAGGCAACAAACUCUUCCGGCGUUUCAGGAAAAUGAAUGCAAGGCAGUCCAAAAGCUAUGAAUUGGAAGACAUUUUGAAGCAUCACUGGCUGUACACUUCAAAAUAUUUGCAACGGUUCAUGGAAGUACACAAUACGUUAAAGGACAUCAAGUGUGCAACUGUAGAACCUGAACUGAUCAGUGCAGAAGAUACAAUACCUAAUGAUAAUUCAUUUGAUUUUUAGGCUGAUUUAUUGGUGCAGAAGUUGAUUCUCUGUAUCUUUAACCCACAGGAGACUGUGAACAGUCUGUACAAGGUGGACAGUUGGGCUUACCAUGGCCAAGCUUUGAAUGCAUUAUUGGCAUUGGUGGAAAA